UUUUCGUGUGUGUUUAGGCUCGUCUCUUGAAUCUAUUCUCUUCUCAUUCUCAUGAGUAGUAAUAUUAUUAUUAUUGUAUUAUAUCAAGAUACAAGACCCAACACCACUUUCUCUCUCUCCCUACCUCUGCAACUACAUUUUAUUGGUGAAUCAAACUUUGUGUUGAAAGAAGAAACGAAUAAUGGCGAAAUUGUAUGUACAAGCAGUACAUCCACCAGAUCUGAAUAAAAAUACAGAGUGGUUUUUAUAUCCAGGUGUAUGGACAACUUACAUCUUAAUCCUUUUCUUCUCAUGGCUUAUGGUUUUAUCUCUUUUUGGUUGUAACCCUGGUACGGCUUGGACUAUCGUUAAUCUCUCUCAUUUCGUUAUCACGUAUCACUUCUUUCACUGGAUGAAAGGAACUCCAUUCUCUGAAGACCAGGGCAUCUAUAAUGGAUUGACUUGGUGGGAACAGAUCGAUAACGGAAAGCAGCUUACUCGCAACAGAAAGUUUUUGACCGUUGUGCCUGUGGUAUUGUACCUAAUUGCCUCGCACACAACUGACUACCAACAACCAAUACUCUUUCUCAACACGCUUGCUGUCUUUGUUUUGGUGGUUGCCAAGUUUCCAAAUAUGCACAAGGUUCGUAUCUUUGGAAUCAAUGGAGAAAAGUAAGUACGCGUAGACACUUUGGUUUCACUUGUGUAAAAGCCCUUUGAUCUUUCUUUUUUUGUUAAUGGACUAUAUCCGUCACUUGUACAGAACCGCAAAAAUGGUACUUACUACUUUAGUGCUUUUGAAUGAGUUCACUUCUCCAUCUAUUCCUAGUAUUAAAAACUAUUUUUGUUAUAAUAACCAGUAUUGGCGACUAAACAUAUUCCAUCAGUUCAUCUCUCUUUUGUAA